CCACCAAAGUCUGCAGCGAACGACAGCGCCGUAAACGUGUGGCAUAUAAAAACAAAACACUUAUAAAAAUACCAAAAAAUACUAAAAUGUUAACGCUUACCUUGCUUGCCUGUUUGGCUAUCUCUGUAUGUGCCACGCCCAGUCAAAGAUUGGGUGAAUCGAAGCUUUUGCAGGCCAUUCGCAGCACCAACGAUCUGCAGCAGAAUGAUCCAACACGUUCCCUGGAAUGCUUCCAGUAUUACAGCGAGAUCUUCGAUCAGCUGCUGCAGCAAUACGAACAGGAGUUUCAGGCCUGCCAGAACACAUCGCAGCUCCAGAUCUCGGUGGCGGAUGAGAGCUUUAAUCCUGUCCUGAGCUCGUUAAACAACAACGCGGCGAACGCCUGCGAAUUAAUAUACGAUUGUAAUAAUCAAUUGGAUAGCUUGACAAGUCUGGCCUGCUACUCAGGGGUGGGCACCAGCGAUGCCAAAAUCAUGUACAACAUUUCGAACACAGCCAGCCAAUAUUACGGCCAGCUGCAGCAGCGCAUUCAAAUGAUUCAGUUCACAGAGGAACAGUGCACGAAUGAAUCGAAGCGCAACUAUGAACUCAGCACGGAUCAGGCUUAUGUCAAUCUACAAGGUUGCCUGACGGGCAAUGAACCAGUUCCGGUAAAAACCACAACAACAACGACUACAACUGAUACGACCAGUUCAGAUCCAGCUCGAAAAACAACUACACCAGUUCCAGUUACACGUACCCCGGCACCAACUGAGACUACAUCAGUUUCAGAUACAACUACACCAGAACCAGUUCCAAAAUCAACUACUACAGUUAAGACAACGUCAGUUCCAGCAACGACCACAUCAGUUCCAGUUCCAGUUACAACUACACCAGAACCAGUUCCAGAAACGACUACAGCGGUUCCAGUUACGCGUACCUCAGCUCCAGCUAAGACUACAUCAGUUCCAGUAACGACACCAGAACCAAUAACAAGUACAUCAGCUCCAAUUAAAACAACACGAUUCCCACGAAGAACCACAAAAGCUACGGUGACGCCCACAACUUCUGCCGCACCUGGUUACCAGCCGAACCUGAGCUCUGAGCUGAAAAAGCUGCUGCAUUCCCUGCUACACUAGACAACAUGGUUAAUGUAGCAGUGCUCAAGAACUGCAUUAAAAUAGGUAACAAACUGACAA